UCAACCGCCACAAAACCCAUCAGCCACGAAUUCUCUCCGUUUGCCGGACACGGCUGCCACAAAAAAACCGCAAACACCACCACCACCAUCACCAUCACCUUUUCUUCACCUCCUUCUACGAUAAUCUCAACAACUCCAAAUGGCGACCCAAACCGACUCUCAGGCUUCAGCGCCGGUGCCCACCAUGCCUCAACCCAAUGAUCCCAGCCGCACGCACAUGUCUGUAUCGUCGUCCUCGUCCGUUUCCGAUGCUGAGACCGAGCGCCGAGGCCGGUCUGAACGUCCCCGCAUGGCCAGUAGAAAGCCCAGUGCUUCCAUACUCGUUCCCCGUGACCAUCCCGAGAUUGAGAUUGAGGAGGAGGAGUUUCCGCCCGAUGAUGCUCGUGCUAUGAGCCCGCGUCGUAACUCGGCAGAUUUGGAACGGUUGGGGAAAGAGGCUAGGCAUACUUUGCAGGAACAAGCCAAAGUUCUUCAAUCGUCGCUUCAGGCAUUGGCCGAACGAAUCGACGCGGUGAAAUCGGACCAUGACAAGCUCGAGAGCGAGAACAAAUUCCUGCAAGACUACAUCGGUGGAUUGACCCGCAACAUGACCAAGAGCGAUACCCCGAAAAGCAGCAAGGCGCGCAAGUCACAGAAAUGAAUCAGCAACUUAAACCCCGAAUAGAGUCGAUGGCACGUCGCCAGCAUCAAGCACAACACGAUUGAUGCCUUACGAGUUUGACGUUGAUAAAAAAAACAAAAACCCAACAAAACAACAUACUAUAUGCCGCCCGGAUGCGAUGCAAUUAUUGCGAGAUGACAUGAUGCCGUUUCACCUUCUUUUCUUUAUCAUUAUUAGACUGCUUUACAUUUC